CGGAAGCUGCCCAAUCUCACACAAACGAGGCCCAGUUCUUUCUUGAGCGAAGGGAAAACAGAGUUCAUAAUAGGAGGAGAGCACCAAAAUACACGAAGAAGGGAAAUUUCUCAAAUCCCUAAAUCGCUGCAUACAUUUCGAAGAUGAAUUUGGCCGAUUCAACUCCAGCUAUGAACAGUUUGCUCGGCUCCGAAGCCGAUUCUCAAAGAACUCUGUAUCCAUAUGUGACGGGGACCUCAGUGGUCGGCAUCAAGUACAAAGAUGGCAUUCUCUUGGCUGCUGAUAUGGGAGGUUCAUACGGUUCCACGCUUCGCUACAAAACUGUGGAGCGAUUGAAGCCAGUGGGAAAACAUUCUAUUAUAGGUGCUAGUGGUGAGAUCAGUGAUUUUCAGGAGAUAAUGCGUUAUCUUGACGAGCUUAUCUUAUAUGAUAACAUGUGGGACGAUGGGAACUCCUUGGGUCCUAAAGAAGUGCAUAACUAUUUAACGAGGGUGAUGUACAAUCGUCGUAACAAGUUCAACCCCUUAUGGAAUUCACUUGUACUUGGUGGUGUUAAAAAUGGACAGAAGUAUCUCGGAACGGUUAACAUGAUUGGUGUACAUUAUGAAGACAACCAUGUGGCAACUGGGUUUGGUAAUCAUCUAGCUCGGCCUAUUUUACGUGAUGAAUGGCAUGAAAACUUGACUUUUGAAGAGGGCGUAAAAUUACUGGAGAAAUGCAUGCGUGUGCUUCUUUAUCGUGAUAGAUCAGCUGUUAACAAACUUCAGAUUGCAAAAAUCACAGAGGCAGGUGUCACAAUUUCGCAACCCUACUCAUUGAAAACUUUCUGGGACUUCUCUGCAUUCAAGAAUCCCACCGUAGGUGCGGAAGGUUCAUGGUAGUUCUAUCACUUGGAAAUUUUACUAUGCCAAAACUUCUCAGCAUUGUGUAAGAUCUUGACCUGAAACAUGCUAGAUCUGUAUUUCUGUUUGACUGUGGCACUUAGUGGUGUUGUGCAUUGUAAACCUUCUUGAUUUUUUGCCAUAUCUUUUGAAAAAAAUUGGAAAAAUGUGUAAACUAUGGUUUCACGUGUAUGGUUUAGCUGGAAAGUGGUUGAUUUAU